AUGUCGACUCGGGCCGAGGCAGGGACGGCGGACGGCGGGGCCGAGGCCUCACCCGGAGCGCGCUCGCGCUGGUUCGACCCGUUGUGGCUCGCCCGUUCGCCCUCGGGUGUCAUGUUCAAUGGGCCAGGCGGGGCUGAGGGGGAUGCGGCGACUUUGGGUUUGAGUGAUGGUUUGAAUCGGCUGAUUCUGGCGCCGGAAGAGGGCGUGGAGGUGCGCGAGGAGACGUCCACGUCGGCCCAUUUGGACGCGGCGGGCGAUGACCGCUCGAUGGCCUUGGCCUUUAACGAGCGCCGCCAUGUGGAGGCCAUUGUGGGCGGUGCGGCCGAGACUCAAAGCUGGCGCAUGCGCGAGCGCAUGAAGACGGUCAGUGUGGCCUUGGUGAUCUGUCUGAAUGUGGGCGUGGACCCGCCGGACGUGACGAAAACCCAGCCGUGCGCCCGCAUGGAGUGUUGGGUGGACCCGCAGACGAUGAAUCCGCAACGCGCCAUCGAUACGAUCGGCAGCAACCUGCAGAAGCAAUAUGAGCGUUGGCAGCCCCGCGCCCGUUACCGACAGAGUCUCGAUCCGCCCCUAGAGGAAGUCCGUCGUCUAGCUAUGAGCUUGCGGCGAAACGCCCACGAGGAACGGGUCUUGUUUCACUACAAUGGUCACGGCGUUCCCAAACCAACAGCUAACGGCGAGAUCUGGGUGUUCAACCGGAACUACACGCAGUACAUUCCGCUGAGUCUGUACGAUCUCCAAACGUGGAUGGGAUCGCCGUCCAUAUUCGUGUACGACUGCUCGAAUGCGGGCAUUAUCGUCCAGUCUUUCGAGCAGUUUGCCGAACAGCAUGAGCGCGAAUACCUCGAGCAAGUCAACUCCCAGGGCGUCUCGGCGAAAGACUUGGCCACACCCAUCUCGCAGAAGAACUGUAUCCAAUUGGCCGCUUGUGCCGCCAAUCAGAUCCUGCCCAUGAAUCCCGAACUCCCGGCUGAUCUCUUCACCUCGUGCUUGACCACGCCCAUCAAAAUGGGUUUGCGCUGGUUUGUCAUGCAGCGGCAUGGCAAACUCGCCCCCGAAGUCACCAUCGAAAUGAUCGAUCGCAUCCCAGGUCAGCUCAUGGAUCGUCGAACCAUGUUGGGUGAACUGAAUUGGAUCUUCACGGCCAUCACCGACACGAUCGCGUGGAACACCCUUCCCCGGGACGUGUUCCAAAAGUUAUUCCGCCAGGACCUGCUCGUGGCCUCAUUGUUCCGCAACUUCUUGCUCGCUGAGCGAAUCAUGCGGUCCUACGAUUGCACGCCCGUGUCUCAGCCCGCUUUGCCCCACACUCACCAGCACGCCAUGUGGAAGGCGUGGGAUCUGGCUGUGGACAUGUGUCUGGCCCAGCUCACGGAUAUCCUGGAGAAGGGUGUGCCAUACAAGUCAUCCACUUUCUUCGAGGAGCAGCUCACGUCCUUCGAAGUAUGGUUGAUGCAUGGACGAGAGCAACGUCCUCCCCCGGAGCAGCUUCCAAUCGUGUUGCAAGUGCUGCUGAGUCAGGCUCACCGAUUGCGGGCCUUGGAUCUCCUAGGCCGAUUCCUCGAUCUCGGGCCCUGGGCCGUCAAUCUCGCCCUCUCCGUCGGCAUCUUUCCCUAUGUUCUCAAGCUGCUCCAAUCCUCGGCCCGUGAGCUUCGACCUCUGCUCGUGUCGAUUUGGGCCAAGAUCCUGGCCGUGGAUCAUUCGUGUCAGGCGGAUCUCAUCCGCGACUCCAGCCACAAUUACUUCAUUUCGGUGCUUCAAGAUGAUUGCAUGAUGCCCACGCAUCGCACUUGGGCAGCCUUCAUUCUGGCCACCAUCGUGCACAAUUUUGAGCAAGGCCAGAAGGAGGCCGAGAAGACCAAUCUAAUAGCCAUUUGUCUGGAGCAUUUAGACGACGAGGAUGUGAUAUUGCGACAGUGGCUGGCCAUUGCUCUCGGACGGGUGUGGGACAAAUACGAGACUGCUCGUUGGCGGGGUGCCCGUGACAAUGCCCCCGAGAAACUCUAUGAGCUCUUGAAGGACCCCGUUCCGGAGGUCCGAGCGGCAGCUGUGUUUGCCUUGGGAACAUUUAUCAACAGUUGUGAAAAGCGAACCGAGCACGCCAACACGUUGGACCAUGCCAUUGCGCAGCACGUGUUCAACGUGGUCCAUGACGACGGGUCCCCGUUGGUGCGGAAGGAACUUGUGGUGGCCAUGAGCUACGUUGUGAACGUCUUCGAGGCCAACUUUGUGACCGUGUGUCGCGUAGCCUUCGGGGAGCAAGCCCAAAUCCAGCAACAACAGCAGCACCACCACCACCACCAACAACAACAACAACAGCAAAUGUCACCCUCGGGUCCCUAUCAGCCCAAAGCCGCGCUCUCCUCGGCCAAUCUCCAUGUCCUCGGCGGAAGUGGAUCAGGGGGAAUGCGUCGAGUUGGGUCGCGGGAUGGGCUCAUGAGGAUCUCUCCGAGUGUGUCCACCCCGGCUUUGGACGCGAUCGAGUCGCCGAUUCAUCGCAGCGGGUCUGCCAGCCUUCUUUUGAGCUCGGGAUCAUUAUCCUCCCUGUCCAUCGGAGGCGUGUACAGCAAGAUCUGGAAUGGCUUCAAUCAAAUGGCCAACGACCCGGAUCCGGACGUGGCGAGCAUGGCCGAGUCUGUGCUCGUCUACUUAAAGGUGAAGGCACGAGACAAAGAAAGACAAGCGCCGAGGAUCUCAUGCAUCCUCGAGACUGCCUCAGUUCCAUCGUCCCCGGUCAAGCCCUCCUUCAUGCUGGGCACGUCUCCGCCGAGCUCCCAAAUGAAUCGCUCCAUGCCUCCGCCCGAGCGGAGAUCCUCGGAGAGCCAACAACACCAAUCCUUGCCCCCGACAACGCCCAAAGGUAACACAUCCCGAGGUGAGACCCCAAUCAGAGGGUCCGAAUCGCCCCCUAGAGGCACGAAAAGCCACAAUCCUUCGCCUAAUACUUCCCUCAACGCCCGGGAUUUGAAGCGACCCGAGUUGGAAACUGAGUUCUUGGCCUGGUCGUCGACCUAUUUCACGAAGCCGCUCAUGGAAUCCGAGUGUCAAGAUGAGGAUGGGGAUCCAGAAUCAAGCCUUCAUUGGGUUCGGGAGUGGCUUUACAAUCGCAACGUGGAGGUCCGCUCGGAAUCCGAGAGACAGCGUGAGACUUUGAAGACCGGCAUGUGCAAAUUGGACGAACCCGUCGUGGACUUCCGGACCAAUUUUCCGCCUAAUCUAAUCUAUUUCCACCCGUACAACGCCCAAUUGGCCGUAGCUGGUCAGCGACACAUCCAAAUGCAGGACCUCAUGACGAACACGUCCCUGUGUCCGAUCGAAAUUCGGGAUAAGCGCUACCAUCGGUCCAUUUUCACCACCAUCGCUUACAUCAACGCCCACGAGCAUGCCCUACUCUUGGCAGGAACGGACGAUGGCUCCUUGAGAGUGUUCAAAGACAUCGACGAUGGACGCGGGGUGCGUUUAGUUACCUCUUGGCGCGCCUUGAGGGAAGUCGGCGCAGGAACUGCACAAUCGCGAGUCCGGAAUCCGUCCAAAUUCUGCAUGUCUUGGGAGCAGAAAGAGCGCGUGAUCGCCGUGUCCGGCGGUAUGAGUCCGAUCGUGCGCCUGUGGGAUGCUCAUCGCGAGCUUCAGAUUCGUGACUUUGACACUUGCACUAAUGCCCAGACCACGUGUUUGAACUACGACCCACGGAAUCCGCAUCUUUUGAGCGGUGGCUUCACCGACGGGUCCGUCCGUAUGUUUGACACCCGAGCUUCCAACGCUCUGGUGAUUGGCUUCAAAGAGCACUCGCGCAAGAUCAUGGACUGUCAGAUCCACGACGAAGGUGGUUUCAUAGGUCAUUUGGUGGCAGGGUCCGAGGACGGUCAGAUUCGGAUCUUGGAUCCUCGAAAGACCAACGAUGCCGCUUUGGCACGGUCAAUCAGUCUCGGGCAUUCAAUUCAGGCCCUCACGAUCCAUAAGCGAGCCCCCAUUGUGGCAGCAUGGACGUCGACGAGCCACGUUCUUGUGGAGUCCAUUCUGCCGAAUCAAGGGUUGGCGUUGAAUACAAUCAAAUGUUCCGAUAGUUUGUUGGGUCAUCGACUUCGUCAAUCCAUCGGAUGUCUGACAUUUCACCCACAUCUUCUGCAGCUGGCCGUAGGCCCAAGCGAUGGAGCCGUGCGGAUCUUCAAGCUUCGAAGAAGUGUGUGAAAACGCAAUCAAAAUAUUGUCAAACUGUAAUAAUAAUCAUCAUCAUAUUAAUAAUGAAUAGUCGUGUGUAGACCUCGAGUUAUUGAUAGAUAUUGCGUGAAUUUGUGAUGUCAAGUGAACAAUAUACAUAACAAAGAGAG